AUGGAAGAGACUAAGAUAAUUUAUCACAUUGACGAUGAAGAAACGCCUUAUUUAGUUAAGCUCACUAUUUCCCCAGAACGAGUGACACUCGCAGACUUUAAGAAUGUGUUGAAUCGUCCGAAUUAUAAAUUUUUCUUUAAGUCUAUGGACGAUGACUUCGGCGUCGUAAAAGAAGAAAUCGUCGACGAUGAUGCACACCUUCCGUGCUUCAACGGACGAGUUGUUUCAUGGCUUGUCUCUGCUGAGGGAAGUAAUGUAUCAGAUGGUGCAUCUCAAUGUACAGAUUCUGUGGCACACAGUGAAGCUAAACAUGAUAGGGUUGAUCAUGUUGCCCCAGGACUCACGAGUCGUGGACCACCUACACUUUCUCAUGAUGAUACUCUCACAGAAACAGAAAGUAUCAUCAGUAGUAGACAGGGUCAUCAUUUGCACAAAAGUUCCAAACAUCAUUCAGACAAAUAUGAAAAAUAUUCUAAAUAUAAUGGCUUGCGUAUAAAUGGACAUUCAAAACAUCGAUCGGGUCAUGGGUAUGAGACUGCUUCAAUUUUAAGUUCAGAUCUUGAAACAACGACUUUCUUAGAGUCUGAUGAUGAUGCUAGUAGUCGUAUAACUUCAACUACAGGGAGACAUACCAACAUGAGUAGUACAAUUGAACGUGCUACACUAGAUCGUCGUAGACCUCAAAGACGACGACGACACAGGUUACCACCAAUGAGUCGUACGUCUUCAUUCAGUAGUAUUACGGACAGCACCAUGUCCUUGAACAUUAUAACAGUUUCUUUGAACAUGGAUACUGUCAAUUUCCUUGGUAUUAGUAUUGUGGGGCAAAGCAAUAAAGGAGGCGAUGGUGGGAUUUAUGUUGGCUCUAUAAUGAAAGGCGGAGCGGUAGCCCUAGACGGUAGAAUAGAACCUGGAGAUAUGAUUCUUCAGGUUAAUGACAUAAAUUUUGAGAAUAUGUCUAAUGAUGAAGCGGUCAGAGUUUUACGUGAGGUCGUUCAGAAACCAGGGCCGAUAAAACUGGUUGUGGCAAAAUGUUGGGAUCCAAAUCCAAAGGGCUAUUUUACAAUCCCACGUACGGAACCGGUUCGUCCAAUUGACCCUGGCGCAUGGGUCGCCCACACAGCAGCAAUACGUGGUGAAGGUUUUCCACCACGUCCACCCAGCGCAACGACCUUGACUUCAACAUCUAGCAGCUUGGCUAGUACACUUCCCGAUACAGAACGUCCUUUGGAAGAUUUACGCCUAAGUAUCAAUACAGAUAUGCCAACGAUAGUUCGUGCAAUGGCACGACCAGACUCAGGUCUCGAAAUUCGUGACCGCAUGUGGCUAAAAAUUACAAUUCCGAACGCAUUCAUCGGUGCAGACGUUGUUGAUUGGCUGAAUACACAUGUUGAGGGUUUUAUUGAUCGUCGUGAUGCACGAAAAUAUGCAUCGUUGAUGCUUAAAGCAGGUUUCAUCAGACACACUGUUAACAAGAUAACAUUUUCCGAACAAUGCUAUUAUAUAUUUGGUGAUUUAUGUUCCACAAUGGGAAGUAUGAAAUUGGACGGUGAUACCGUUGGACCUCUGCCACCUCCUAUCGGGUGGGAUUUGACAUAUUCUGGUCCUUACGCUCCACACUCGGCUGCUGGAUAUAGUCCAAUGCCAUUUAACUUUACCAAUGAACCUACUAUCUAUGGUUAUCAUCGUGAAGAAAGCGUUCAUAGUGAAUCAGGUGGUAGUAGUGCAGGUAGUGAACACAUUUGCAAAGAACCAAUUCACGAUCUUAAAUCCUGUUCAUCGGCCUCCGAGUCUGAGCUUCACUUGCCUCCAACAGUGCCAAGCAAAAAUUCAGGCAACGGAAAUAGUUCCAAUGGAAAAAGAUCAAAUGGAAGUCGUAGUCGAUCAAGUGGAUCAGAACAAUCAGUUCAAACUGGCACUGGAUCGUUGAAUCAACAAAAUCAGCAAGAUCUCUCUGGUAGUAGACAGUCAUUUCGAAUUGCGAUGGGGAAUCCGUGUGAAUUUUUUGUCGAUGUUAUGUAGAACUUGUUUUUUUUUCAAUUUUUCUUUUUUUUUUUUUUUUAAAAUUAAGAAUUGUUGUAUAUGCUCCAUAAUUUUUUUAUUGAGAUAAGAGAUAACAAGGAUGUCGUUAAUUUUUUCUCAGAAUAUUUGUAGCAUGAUGUAGUGAAUUUAAAUGCGAUGUUGAAAUCAUUUCGAAGCCAACAUCGAAAAUUUCAUGAAUCUUUGAUGAGAAUUCAAAGGGCAAAAAUUGAGAAGGAUACGUCAAAUUUUAAGGGCGACAUUCUUUAUAAUAAUUUUUUUAUUCCGUCUUUUGUAUUUUAUAAUUUCUGUAUAUAAAUUAAAGUCAUAAUUCAAUACUUCCGGAGAUUCUUCGAAGACAAUAUCCGUCAAAUUAUGUUUUCAAAUGAAUUUUUUUUCAAUAAUUAUUUCAAUUUAUUUGUGACUCUUGUGAGAUAAUUGCACAUGGCAACGAAUGCUUGGUUUUACUUAUGCUUCAUUUACUUCAUCUAUCCUAUGAUUUCAUAAUCUUUUAUGUGUAAAAAACAAAGCAUGAGAUAUGUAAUUUUAUAUUGAACAUUUUUUAUGAAUCAUAUAAUCAUAACGCACUGUUACGCAACUCUGUUUAUAUUACAUGGGCAUGAUUAUAACAUUAUAAAUAGCAGAAGACCUGAUGGACUGAUAAUCUGAAUGUUAAAAUAAUUACUGUAAUGAUUAGAGUUAAUUUAACUAAUUUAACUGCAUGAGUUGUUGAAGUUAACGCAGGUCUACAUGUUUUAAUUUGCAACGAGAUUUACAAGAUCUUAAUGAACGAGAUUACACUAUAAUUCAAUUUUAAUUUCUUUAUUUGACCAUAAAUUUUAUAUAAACAUUUCAUUUAAAGUAUUACUUUGUUUUUUUUUUUUUUUGUUUUUCUCUAAAUUUUUUACUUAUGGUGCAUUGAAGUUGUAAUAUGAAAAAACGAUAACGAAUGCCAUGAAGAAUUUUAUUUUAUCAUUAAUUAUAUAUAAAAAUUUGAUGGGAAAUUUUUUCAUAUAUUUCUUUAAAUAUUUACGAUAACACUUAAGAUAAAGAUAGUAUUGCAUUAUCAUGUAGAUAAUAUUAUUCAAUACAUUUAUCAUUGACUACGAUAAAGAAGAGUAAACAUGAUAUUUUGGUAAAAUAGUACCUUGAAAAUAUUAACCAGAAGCUGUUAGUUAAGUAAAAAACAUUAUCUAAAGUUUUACUAGAUAAAUUUACUUUUUCUUUUUCUAUAUGAUUAACGAAGAUUAAUGAUGUAAUUUUUUUAACAUCUGUUCAUAAUUAUUUGUAUUAAGUAAUAACACAUACAUGUAGACCUGUGUAAUAGUUUGAUCGAUAAUUCAUUGAACUGCCAUUAAUUCAUCAAAUUGCUUGCAUUUUAGGAUUAUCUGCAACAAUGGGACAACUAUUUCUUUAAAAAAAAAUCAACGAGACAUUGUUUGAAGUUAUGAACGUAUUUGUCGUCUACUCCUGUUCGAAUACAAACGAAAAAGAUUUUUUUUACUUCGCUACCACAUUUAUAAAAAAAA